CUUCGAUUUAUGCAAUUUGUUGGAGUGAAGUUGUAAUAUCAUCGCUCUUAUUGUGAUCGGGUGUUGGUGGCGGUUUAUUUUUAUUCCGGUAGACCGUAACAAUAAGUGGUCGACCUAUUUGCUAAGGUAUGUCUCGUAUGUGCUUGUUAAUGCUUGUAUGUGGUUGAAUUUUUCCUACCAUCCGGUCGACCACCUUCACCAUCCGGUCGACCGUGCUUUUGUAAUUAUAUGAUUAGGUCUACCUUUCAGUAAAUUCUGGUCGACCGCAUGUUUGUUAUUUAGUAAUAAGGUCGACCGUACAGUUCAUUCAGGUCGACCUGACGAGCGCUAAUUGUGUAUGUUUUUGACAUUAAGUUCGUAUUCCGAUCGUUUCAGGAUGGAUAACAGAGAUGAUACAGAUGAUAGAGAUGAUGAUGAGGUUAACUUCGAUGAGGAACCUAAGGAUGCUCAAGAAGGAGCUAUGGAUAAUUCAGAUGAUACAGAUAAUACGGAUGAUGAAGUGGUUGGGGAUGAUAAUGAAACCGAGGGUGCUGAAGAAGAAUUUAUGGAUAAUGAAGAAGCUACUGAAUAUGAACAACAAAUUCCUUCCAUGGAGUUCCAAACAUUAGAAGAUGCAGAGAAAUUUUACGAUUCCUAUACUAAAGCGAAAUGAUUUAGCGUUCGACGUAGAGAUCUUCGGAGGAAUCGUCGAGGAGUAGCAAUUGGGAGGACAAUGGUAUGUUCGAGAGAGGGGACUAGAGAUAAGAUGCAUAUAGAUAAAGAAGGUCGGACUCUACAACAUCGUAAGAUGACAAGACAUUAUUGCAAGGCAUCGUAUACUGUAUGCUUUGAUCGGAAUAAGAAAAUGUGGGUUGUUUCUAAGUUUGAGAGGAAGCACUCACAUCGUUGCUGCAAUGAAGAAGAAACUCAAUUCCUUCGGUCUCAUCGAAAUGUGAGUGAAGGAGACAAGGCUCUGGCGAUAGGGAUGCGCAGUCAGGAAUAAAACAACGCAACAUUGUUCAGUUCAUGAAGAAUAAAGUUGGAGGAUAUGAGAAUCUGGGGUACACUCCAAAGGAUUUGGACAAUGCUGUUCAACAAUCCUGAACAGUUGACGACGAUCUAAUAGGAGAUGUUAACCGAACAUUGGGUUACUUGCAAAGUAAACAUACCUCUGAUGCAGACAGCUUCUUCAAGUACACAACCAACGAUGAAGGUGAAUUAGGCAAUCUCUUCUGGUCGGACUCCACAUCUAGAGCAGAUUACCAUUUUUUUUUGGGAUGUCUUGGCGUUCGAUGCAUGCUACAAGCGCAACAAGUACAAUCGACCAUUUGUUAUGAUGGUUGGUGUAAAUCACCACCACCGUAACAUCAUAUAUGGUUUUGUCCAGUUGGAUAACGAGACAAUCCCCAACUAUGUUUGGUUGUUGAAUACUUUUCUGGAGUGUAUGAACUCUAAGAUGCCCACUUCAGUGAUCACAGACGGAGACAAGUCUAUGCGUGGUGCCAUUGCUAUGUUCUGGUUGGAGUGCCUCACCGUCUUUGUAUUUGGCAUAUUGAGACAAAUACGACAACGACCGUUCAUAAUAAGGAGUUCGUUAGCGCAUUCACUUACUUGGCGAAAGCACAAAUAUCGAUUGAGGAGUUUCAGAGGCGUUGGGAGCAUUUGAUUAGUCAGCAUGGUUUGUCUGCAAAUAAGUGGUUGCAGGAUUUGUACGCUGACAAAUUACUGUGGGCAGAGGCAUACUUGAAGGAUAUUUAUUUCGGUGGACUCCAAUCAACCUCGCGAUGUGAGUCAUGUAACCAUUGGAUAAAUGGGUAUGUGGGAACUCAAUACAGCUUGCAACGUUUUGUUCAGGGCAUUGAUGAAGCACUGGAAGGAAUGCGUUUCACGGAGGUGCAGGAUGAUUAUACUUCUAGGCACACGAGGUUGGUCUGCAAGCAUGCCCUUCGCACUUGGGAAAUGCAAGCUGAAAGUAUCUACACUCAUCGUACAUUUGCUAUCUUCAAGUAUGAACUAGAGAAUGAAGCUUCUUAUGUAUUAGCGGAGAGAAGAACUAAAUCAGAUGGGACAGAGACAUUCAUACUGAAGAACUACAUGAACCCAGAUCGGAUAAGGCGGUUAACAUUUACUACGUCCAAUCAAGAUCUAAAAUGCGAGUGUGCAUUAUUUGAAUCUAAGGGGUUUCCAUGCAGACACAUGCUUACAGUAAUAAAAAAUAUGGGAUACACCGCACUACCCUUGUCGUGGUUCAAGCUACGAUGGACCCAAAAUGCGAAGACACUAAAUCGUCAUCCUGGAGUUGGAGGUGAUGUGGGAGAGAAAGUUGGUCAACUGAUAAGACAUGGAGGAUUGGCUCUAAAGUGUAAGCGUUUAUGCGACAUCGCGUGUGGUAGUGAAUCUGCUUUUAAUCAUGUCUCUAAGACGUUGGACGACCUAACUCAAUGGGCAAUUGAGUUCGCGAGGGAGAGAACGGACAACACCACACCGGCAAACCCUCCAGCACCCCUUCGAAGUGUGAAAGAUCCAAAAAUUGGGAAGACCAAGGGGACAUUCAAGUCAGCACGAACUGCAUCGGCAAAAGUUUAAGAAAGUGUUCGAAAUGUG